GUGGAGCAAAGGCAAGGGGAAACGCUCCCCCGGAGCAUUUCGGCGGGGGUCCCACCAGCUCAGCUGGGCCAUGUGGUUUCCAGUGGAUAAGGGGCUGGCUCCAGGAUGGAGACCCCGUCCUAUUCCUGUUGUGGGACUUGGCUGCCCCCAAAAGGGGCUGACACAACCCCCUGCCUGGUGCCCGGCAGGUCCCCGCACACCGCCCUGCUCUGCUGCUGCCAGCCCCUCGCCCACAAAAACAAACUUGACCCUGGUGUACUCGCUGUGCCUCGCCUGGGAUGUGGCCAGUGAUUCAUUUCCACUGCCAGAGCCCCAUGUUGACAUUGAAAGGGGCGUUAUCACAGGUGCUGGUACACCGGGGCGAGGGUGUACCUGUUGGUAUAAGAACAACGCCGCGGCGCUGCCCACACCCACAGAGCCCAGACGAGGCCAGCGCUGCCGAGGAACUGCUGACAUGAAGUGCCUCCUCCUCCUCGCCAUGCUCUGCCUCUCCCUGUCCAGCGGCUUGAAAAGGGUGACCCUGACACGGCAUCGCUCCCUGCGGAAGUCGCUGCGGGACCGUGGGCAGCUCUCCCACUUCUGGAAAGCCCACAGGCUCGACAUGGUCCAGUACAGCGAAGACUGCAGUGCCUUCACUGAUGCCAACGAGCCUCUCAUCAACUACCUGGAUAUGGAGUAUUUCGGGCAGAUCUCCAUCGGGACGCCCCCCCAGAACUUCACCGUGAUAUUCGACACGGGCUCCUCCAACCUCUGGGUGCCGUCCAUCUACUGCACCAGCAAAGCCUGCGCUGAGCACGCCAAGUUUCAUCCGUCACAGUCCAGCACGUACCAGAUGAUAGGGACCCCCUUCUCCAUCCAGUACGGGACCGGCAGUUUGACGGGGGUCAUCGGAUCUGACCAAGUAGUCGUCGAGGGCCUCGCCGUGAGCAACCAGCAGUUUGCAGAGAGCGUCAGCGAGCCGGGAAAAGCCUUCCUGAACGCUGAGUUUGAUGGGAUCCUGGGGCUGGCUUACCCCUCGCUGGCCGUGGAUGGGGUCACCCCCGUCUUCGACAACAUGAUGGCACAGAAUCUGGUGGAGCUGCCCAUGUUCUCUGUCUACAUGAGCUCGAACCCUGAAUCCUCCCUGGGAGGAGAGCUGCUCUUUGGUGGCUUUGACCCCUCUCGCUUCAUGGGGACCCUGAACUGGGUGCCGGUCACCCAGCAAGGGUACUGGCAGAUCCAGCUAGACAACAUCCAGCUGGACGGGACGGUGGCUUUCUGCGCCAACGGCUGCCAGGCCAUCGUGGACACUGGGACGUCACUCAUCACAGGUCCCACCAAGGAUAUAAAAGAAUUACAAAGCUAUAUUGGUGCCACACCUAUGGACGGAGAGUACGCUAUAGAGUGCAACAACCUCAACGUGAUGCCCACCGUGACCUUCACCAUCAACGGGCUCCCCUACACGCUCGGCGCCCCGGCCUACACCCUCAUGGAGAACAGCGAUGGCAUGACCUUCUGCAUGAGCGGCUUCCAGGGGAUGGACAUCGCCCCUCCCGCUGGACCCCUCUGGAUUUUGGGUGAUGUUUUCAUCCGUCAAUUUUACUCCGUCUUCGACCGUGGAAAUAACAGGGUGGGGUUGGCCCCUGCUGUCCCUUAGGGCUGUGGCAUCCAGUGGGGCAGGAGGGGAACAGGGCCGUGGGGCACUGCCCUCGGGCGGGGCAGGGGAUUUCACUGUUGCGUCAGUGUCCCCAAAGGUGAUGAAGACACCCAGGGACCACAGCUGAAGAGCCCAGCAGAAGUUCGGUUCACGCCAGGAAGCCAUUUCAUAAUGAAUACAAAAAUGUCUUGAGCAGCUCUGUGAUCUGCUUUGCAGAUUCUCUUUUUAAAAAUGGGUCAAUAAAAGCUUUA